CCAUCUUUCUCUCCUUUUCUUAGCCUGAGGGCAGACUAGACUCAGCGGCUGAACGCCUCACAUGCACACACACACACAAACACACACUGUAAACUCUCUCCCCUAAUUGCCAUUUCUUCCUCCUCUUGGCACCUGUUCUUUCACCUCCCUCACUAUUAUCUCUCCCACUCUGUCACGAUGUACUCCUCCGAGAGGUUCUGGAACUCCACCGAGCAGCUCUGGAUCAACGGCUCUGAGGCAAACUUCUCUCUGGGAGGACGUGGAGAUGAGGAGGAGGAGGAAGGGGAUCAGCACCCUUUCCUCACAGACGCCUGGCUUGUCCCCCUCUUCUUCUCCCUAAUCAUGCUGGUGGGACUGGUGGGCAACUCUCUGGUUAUUUAUGUCAUCUCUAAACACAGGCAGAUGAGGACGGCGACCAACUUUUACAUAGCAAACCUGGCUGCCACUGACAUCAUCUUCUUGGUGUGCUGCGUCCCGUUCACUGCCACCCUCUAUCCUCUGCCUGGAUGGAUCUUUGGCAACUUCAUGUGCAAAUUUGUUGCCUUUCUACAGCAGGUGACAGUUCAAGCCACAUGUAUCACUCUGACUGCUAUGAGCGGGGACCGCUGUUACGUCACAGUCUACCCUCUGAAAUCCCUCCGCCACCGCACCCCGAGAGUAGCCAUGAUUGUCAGCAUCUGCAUUUGGAUCGGCUCCUUCAUCCUGUCCACCCCGAUUUUAAUGUACCAGCGUAUUGAGGAGGGUUACUGGUAUGGCCCCAGGCAGUACUGCAUGGAGAGAUUCCCCUCGAAGACACAUGAGAGGGCUUUCAUCUUGUACCAGUUCAUCGCCGCCUACUUGCUGCCUGUUCUCACUAUCUCCUUCUGCUAUACUCUGAUGGUGAAGAGGGUGGGCCAGCCCACUGUAGAACCUGUUGACAACAACUAUCAGGUCAACCUCCUGUCUGAGAGAACAAUCAGCAUCAGGAGCAAGGUCUCCAAGAUGGUGGUAGUGAUCGUCCUCCUCUUCGCCAUCUGCUGGGGUCCCAUCCAGAUAUUCGUCCUCUUCCAGUCUUUCUAUCCAAACUACCAGGCCAACUAUGCCACGUACAAGAUCAAGACAUGGGCCAACUGCAUGUCUUAUGCCAACUCCUCCGUCAACCCCAUAGUCUACGGUUUCAUGGGAGCCAGCUUUCAAAAGUCGUUCAGAAAAACCUUCCCCUUCCUGUUCAAGCACAAGGUCAGAGAUAGCAGCAUGGCUUCGAGGACUGCCAAUGCUGAGAUCAAGUUUGUUGCAGCAGAGGAAGGAAACAAUAAUAAUGGAGUAAAUUAAUUUUGACAAUUAACAAUAGGAGGAAUGAUUAUUGUUUGUAUCUUGAGACAUUGCAGCCGAAGAAAAUUAAAAUAAUGAUAAAUGCCGAUCAUGAGUUCUGGCUUGUUUCAAAGGGAGAGACACAUUUUAUUUACUGUAUGUUAAUGAAUUCAACUAAUUAACAACUAGAUGUGGAGAAACACAGACUCAUAAUAUGGAUGGACACCAACAGCGUUUGCACAGUGUCACCUGUUCCCCUGUCAAGGCCAGGCAGUGUUGGCACAUAACCUCAUCUAUCAAGCUGCCAAACACCACAGCCAAACAAUAAUAGAGGUCAGUGACAUAGAUAUAAUGAAGAAAAGGAAAAGUUUGGUGCAACAGCUGCACAUGGGAGUCCUAAUCCCCAUAAGAUUAUGGCUGAUAAGGUCUCCAGCUUUGGUAUAAAGCAUUUGGACAGUUGACAAUUUUACAUAAGCUAAGGAGAAGGACACAUUUUUGGAAAUGACUGAACACUGAAUGCUGAUUCAUAAUGGACAAUUAAUACACUAGAUGUACUAUACAUUGACAUGCUUUUUAUAACUUGUUUUGUGGUUGACAUUUGUUUCUUCACUGAAGAGAAAAAUAAUAAUUCAAUUGAAGACACUGUAUCUGUGAUUCUGGAAAACAGCAAACUUACUUCUUCAAAGUAAGUAGAUUAACAUUUUGGGAAACACACUUAUUUCCUUUCUUGUCGAGAGUUAGAUGAGAAGGUCUGUACUACUCUCACGUCGGUAUGCUGGAUAUGAAGCUAUAGCUAACAGCAAUUAGCUUAGAUUGGAAAAAUCUAGCCUGGUUCUGUCUGAAGCUCCAAAAUACACACAGAGAGCCAAAGUCAAACUGGAACUUCAGGAUUCCACUUCAGAAGUAGGAAAACCUCAUUAAAAAUCCCACUGACAUUUGUAACUAUACUAAUAGUUAAAAUCCAGUCUUGGAACUGAAGAUUUCUCAACAGUACAUUGUGCAGUUCGCUUUAUAUGUUUAGAUAAGGAUGCAGAUUUUCUUAAAAACAAUCUAAUAUCAUUGUUUAUUCAAUAUUUAUGUUUUUUAACUGCCUCUAAUGAACAUCAUUUCCCAUAAGUCCUAGAUGUUUGUGGGCUAAACAUCAUGGCUCGACAGAGGUGAGGAGUCCAUGAGCAAGGGGAGAGGUUGCGGGGCUAGUUCAGACAUGUCUGUAAUAACAGCAGCACAGAGAGGAGUGAACACUGCACAAGCCUUUACACAACAGAGAUUAAAAGUAUAAAGUUGAAAAAUGAUUUUAGAAGACAGUGUUGGGGAGUUUUUAUGGAUAUGGACAAAACCAAGUUAUAGUGACGUAUGUACCUGCGCUGCCAGGCUUGUAGUUCUUUUAAUGGGGGCGGUAGUUUUUUCUGUGCGCACAAUGAAAAUGUUUUUUAACUUCGUUAAAAUAACAAAAGUUUAAACUUCUUAUAGCAUCUGCUGUGGUGGAUGCUGAGGCAUCUUAGAAAAUGGAAAGUAAACACCAGGAGCACGCUGAAAGACAGAUGAAAGAAAUGCUAAAUAAGAGAUUGCAUUGAGUUACAGAAGCUAGUGGAAUGGAGGCUAACCGGAGGUGACGUAAUGACUUCAGCUCUCAGUACCUCUAAAUCUCACUGUAUAUUCCGUCUUGUGUUUAAUCCAUACACAAACAUAAAUGUGGAAACAGUUUAUCCAUCAAUCUUUUUUGGUGGCAACUCUUUCUCAUAAAUAUAAAAAAGGAGCCAGGCUUGCUUUGUCCUCCUGCUUCCAGCCUUUAUGCUAAGCUAAACUAAUCACCACUUGGCUCUGGCUCUGUACUUAAUGCACAGGACAUGCGUGGUAUCAAUCUUCUCAUCUAACUCUUGGAAAGAAAACGAAAAGCAUAUUUUCUCAAAAUAUCAAAAUAUUACCUGAAACAAGACUAGGUCAAAACCUAGUAUAUGGUUGGACCGUAUAUGGUAAAUGUGCAACAUUGUGGCCAAUUUGUUACAGGGAUAGUCAGUGGUAGUGUCU